UGCUCAUUUGGUUUAGUCUUGGCGAUCCUCUCCAUGUUGAUUAUUUUGACCAAUUCUGUGCUAGUGAGUCUUGAUCGUUAUUUACUUGUAACCCGGCCAUUACGAUACGAAAGUAUCGUUACGUCUUUUAGAUGUAAGGUGUGUAUCGCUCUGUCUUGGACAGUCUCGACAUUCUUUGCUGCCCUGCCGUUAAUGGCCCAUUUUGUUAAUUGUCUUGUCACAUGA